CAAUCAUUUCAUCAAUGUUUUCUUAUGACGUCACGUUAAACUACCAUCCGUAAAUCGACUUUACAGGCACCCAAUUUUUUUUUGUUUGCUCGCAGAAGAUUUUGCCAGCAAACUCGCCCAGUGUAACUGGCGCUUCAGAGCGUCGCUGUCCUCUUGUCUCCACUUCCUGCGCAUGCGCGCCAUUUGAUCGCAGGUGUUAACCUGGCGCAUGCCCCGAGGACGGACGAAGCUGCAGUUCUCGGCUGACUGUGAAGAGGUGGAGGUGGGAGCCUCGACUGUGCAGUUCUUACUUCGCCUGAGCGGCUGCGUGUUUUGCUGCUACGGAGAAGAUAAGUUCUUCGGUGGAGAUCUGCGCCUCUGCCCUGGACCUGGGGGAGAUGGCUUCAGGCAAGACUCUUCCUUGGCCGGCGGACAUCCUGUCCCGGUACAACGUGGUGGGGGAGAUCGGCGCGGAGCUGCGGUUGGCGUUCGACAAGAAAACUGGCAGAAAGCUCGCAAUCAAGCAAGUCAGGAGCAAUGCACCGAACAUUGAAAAUAUCUUGAAAGAAGUCAACCAUUCGCACGUGGUGGUCGUCAAAGAGCGAGUGAAGGUCGGCCAACUCUGGUUCGUGGUGAUGGAGUUCAUGGAGGGCGGCGACCUGAGCCGCAGGGUCGUGCAGAAGAAGGGCAUGCCCGAGGGCCUGGCCAAGUUCUACUUCUACCAGAUGGUGCUGGCCGUGGACUACCUCCACCGCGAGGAGGGACUCGCACACCAGAACAUCAAGUCGCGGAACGUGCUGCUGCGCUCGGCGGAGGACUACUGCCUGGCGCGGCUGGCGGACCACGGGCCCUCCCGGGCGGACGCGCGCAGGGACUGCCGCAAGCUGCGCGACGCCUGGUUCUACGAGGCCCCCGAGGCGCGCGCGCCUGGCCCCCAGCGCUGCCCCCGUCGCUCGGACGUGUACAGCCUCGCGGUGCUGCUGCUCGAGUGCCUGGCGGGACGGUGUUGGGGGAACAGGAUCGCUGUGGCCUACUGCCUGCGAUGCCUGGACGUGUCUGCGCCGUGCAAGGACCUCCUGCGGCAGAUGCUGGUCUGCGAGCCGGACCGCAGGAUCGACCUGCGCGGCGUGCUGCGGCACGAGUGGUUGCAGGACCAGGACAUGCGGAGGAAGGUGGAGCAGCUGACCCAGGCCUGUAAGCCGAGCGCACUCUGUGUCGGGCCGCCUAGGGACAGGCUCGCGUCCAAGCGGGCGGUGACCUUCAGGCUGCCGGCGCGAGCAGAGGGCCGCGCUCGCGAGCGGCUCAUGUGAGGCUCAUGUGAGGCUCAUGUGAGGCUCAUGCGAGGCUCAUGUUGGGGCUGUUCCUCCACGCCGGAGCAUCGUGGCUCCCCGCACGACUCUUGAGCACUGUCCUCUGCAUGCGAGAGUCCCCUUCCGCCCAGCUUCUCAGGGCACUAUUCCAGUCGCAGACGUGAUGAGCGUGUGCACCUUUUAAAGUUCUAUGUUGAGUAAAUAUAUUUGAUGCGUGUUUUGGUUUCAAAAAGUGGUCUCACACUGACUUAAAAAUAUUUUAUUUGCAAAAGUUGAUUUAUUUACGCUGUUUUGAAAAAAAAAUAAUUUGUAAUAUCAUGUGUGCACAUAUGUAUUCCGUAACUGAUAAAAAUCAAGUUUAUUUGAAAUAUUAUUGUACUUCUAACAGAACAGAGAUGUAGUUGCUAACUUUUAUCACUAAAAAUACGGAAAAUUGUAGGUUUUAAAAAUAUUAAAAAUAUUCAAAAGCGUU